AACUAAAGUUAACUUUAGGAAGUCGAAUACAUUCGCGAACGGGUUGUCUAAUCGACAAGUCGUGAAAACAAUGCGAAAUUACAGAACAAGGAAAAAAGCGUUAAAAUGGAACAGGAAGUCUUAGAGGAGAAUAUGAAGGAUAAUCCAGUCUCCAUCAAAAUGAGGCGUGUGGUCGUUUCGCAGGGACUGGCUUAUCAGCAGCCAAUGGAUGACAGUGGUCAAGAACACCAUCCGAUGUUGUUGAAUGACGGCCGGGAAGUUCCCAAGCUUCCGCAGCCUGAUGUAGCAUCUUAUGGUGUAGAUCAUAUUUCCUUCCUUCAGAAGCUGAGACAACAACAGCUGAACAAUACUAGAGCAGAUCAAGCACAAAACAUAUAUAUCCCCACCCACCACAGCAAACAACAACCCCAGAUAAAGCUUAAUGUCUCCAGAGCAACGAGAGUCCUUGAACCUCCUUCACCUUCACCAGAGGUCAUCUUGAUUGACAGCGAUGAUGAUGAUGACCAAAACGUAAAGAUCAGUUUUCCUGAAGUCGUUAAAAGCAGCCAUAAAAAAAAUCACCCUCUUCAGCUGACCAAUGGUAACAAGUCCUACACAGUGACACAACCUACUUCACCAGCUCCAAAAUAUGCUCCAUUUGCAGACAGGAUGUUUCACAUGUCGAAGAAGGUGGUGUCUGAGGAGGAGGAUCCAGGGUUUGGCUGUGGUCAGUUGAAACAGAAUGUUAAGGAAUGGGAAGACGAAGUGGUGGAUCCAACUUCGCAUCCCCAGGUGAUAGACUCGGGACAACUUGGAAUACAGAUGAGGACUGGAGGCAUUGAUGAUCUGAAUGAAAUUCUGGAGUUGAUGAAGGAGAUUGGGGAGAUUGUUCCGAAUGUGAAAGAGAGGAAGAAAAGCUAUAAGGAAGGGAAAGUAGUGGACGGAGAAAAGGAAGCUCUUGUGGAACUCCUGAACAAUCACGAGAAUUUAAAGAAUGGUAUCACCGGAGUCGUAUGCUCAGAGUUGGAGUGCUCUCGAUAUGAAGAAUACAACGAGGGUCAUUUCACGAUUUUGAAACAGCUUGGGGCGGGGUCAUUUGGCUCAGUGGACUUGUGCAAAGAUUGUGCCACGGAAAAGCAGUUUGUCCUCAAAAAGGUGGAGAAGGACUUUAAAGUAGAGGAAGUGGUGGUACUGCUCUACCUGGAGCAUGAGAACAUCACUUCGCUGUACGGCUACAUCAAAAGGGAAGGAAUUUCUGAAAUCUUGAUGGAGUAUGCAGGUAUGAACCUUUUGAACUUUGUCCUGAGGAGAAAGGUGGUGGAGGAACAAAUCGUUUGGUCAAUCACAAGACAAGGCCUCUCAGCCCUGAAAUACCUAGAUGAACAUCAGAUCAAACACCUGGAUCUGAAACCUGAGAAUAUUUGCGUCACUGAUAACAUGGUAGUUAAGCUGACCGACUUUGGCUCAGCCAAAAUGGCCAUGCAGCAACAGGACUAUCAAGGCUGGACCUCCGAGUACAUGGCACCAGAAAUGUGCCGCUCCUUCCUGCAGAGCCGAUACUCCAAUCUGUUCAAGGAUAAUAUUGAGGAUUUCUUACUGACAGGGAAAGUGGACGUGUUCGCCUUCGCUCUGGUGAUUCAGUUCAUGGUGGAAAGAACACACACCCAAAUGAAAUUUUACACCGAGGGAGCCCUGUCGUACCGAAAUGUAGAGGAUCCCAACAAACUCAGGCUUAAUAUCAUCAUUGCAAAUGCACGGGAUCCUGAUAUGGUGUUAAGGAUGAUGUUAACAGAAAAAGCAAGCGUUCCACUGAAGGAGCUUCUUAAAGGUCUCUUACAGGGUGUACCCAAAAACCGACUCUCUGCAGAACAAGCCCUCCUGAAGAUUGAAGCCAUGGAGAGGAAAAAAAUGAUUCCUGGAAACUCUGCCUUAGAUGCAAGAGAUGAAGUUAUGGCAUCAAAAUUGGGGUCUUUCCAUCGUCGCCGUACAACCACCCGUCAGCUGAGCACCAUGACUUCGAUUUGUAGCAACACCUCCCAGUUCGAGGAACCCAUGUCGCCUGGUCCCAUCAAAUGUCGCCGCAAAGGAAGAAAGAGGAUGCUGCCGUACGACCCGGACGACACCAAGCCUAUCGCUGUGGACAACACCUUGCUGGGAAAUGUUCCUGAUUUCUCGGUUUUACAAGCUUAAAUUGUACCAUGCUGAAGACUGUUUGUUAAUAAUCAAAUGAGAAGACCAAACAAAAUUUAUUUCAUUUGUUUUUGUUAUAUAUCCAAAUGUAAACAUUUAAGUUCAAGCCGUUUUAGAGAGAAAAACACAGUAAAGGCAUAUAUUAUUUAAAAUUUAAAUUCUAAAAUUUUGAUGCAGAUUAAAUUGUUUUGUCAGAUACUGAGAAUAGUAUAUACAUUUAAUGGUUUAUCCAUCUGAAAUGGCUAUAACGGAGAGUUGUGCAAUGUAAACAUGUCUAACAGCAAAUUCUGUCUCCUUCUGAUAAUUUUUGUAGAGACCAAGUUUUUGAGAAUUGCUUAGCAUGAUAUCAUGAUUUUAUUCAUUUAAGAGGAUGGGUGGGUAUUUUCAUUGUUUUCAUGGUACAGAUAUGUUGAUAAAUUAUACAGAGAACCUCGUGAACAUCUUUAUAAAGAGAGACAACUCUGUGCCCACCAGAUCAAGGCCAGUUAUAUUUACCACAAGAGAAAAAAAAACCACAAAAAUAAGGAAUUUCACAGUUAUAAUUUUUUUUACAUUUGAUAAUGAAGGGACAUAUUAUUUGAAGAUCAGUUAAUGUAACAUGAUAUUUUAAUGCUACUACUUGAUAAUGAUUUUCUUAAUAAGGACUUCCUAUUAACAAUACUAUUUUCCGUAUUUAGUUAAAGAUUUGCUUAGGACAGCUCUCGGUUAAAUCUGAACUAGUUCAUUGAGUGGGUUUUUUUUUUUUUUUUUUUUUUUCCCCUGCUUCCAAACUCGUUAUAAUGAAUCACACACACACACUUGCUGGAGGUGGUUUUGAGAAAUUUCUUAACUUUACAUUGUUCAAUGGUUUCUAUGAGGUAUUCUUCAGUCUUGAUUUUGAAUUAUUGAUAGAUAAAGCAUGUCAUAUAUAGAACUUCAGGCACAAUCAAAAUUGCUGAAACCAAAAUUUAAUGUGUAAUGAGUAACACUGUUGUCUGUCUCUCUCUCUCUCUCUCUCUCUCUCUCUCUCUCUCUCUCUCUCUCUGUGUGUGUGUGUGUGUGUGUGUCACUGGUGCCAUUGUGAAAUGUUGUGCUAUACCUUGUUUUAUCAAUAAGAGAACUUCCCAAUAUAGUUCUAUCUAACAGUAUCACAGCUGAGUAUGCAAACAGAGAAAUGCACCAUCUAGAUAUAGUGCCAGGUGAGCAUGUUGUGUACUUAGUGGCUGGUGCUCUUAGUAGGAUUACCCCUGUCAUAAACUAUCAAUUAUAUAGUUGUAUUUCACCAAUGACAAAAGAGAAAGAUCCAAGUAAACGAGCCUUAGACUUUGUGAAACUAGAGCAGCCAUAUCCAGGAAAACAGUACCCCCCUGCCCCACCCCCUCCCGUGGCACCCUGUUAACUAGACCUAUAAAUACCUGUGUACUUGAUAAUGAACUGAUGUCAUUUAUCUGUGAUAUACUGGAUAUAUUGGUAAUUAUAAUGUUGACCUUUUUUUUAAAAAAGAAAAUGAAUUUAAUCUCCUGCAAAUCAUCAUUUGGAUUUGUAUGCCAUUUGGAAAGUUUAAAUUUGGUUGAACACAAAAAAGAGGGAGGAGUGGGGUUGAUCUCUAUUUGUCUGAAAUGCAUCGCUUCAUCCAUCAUAUGUGAACCUCCUAGAACUACUUGGAGGGAGAUUUCCACGUCCACUUCGUUUAGAGGGAGUUAAAUUACAUUUGACUUGAGAUCAAACUUGUAAGCAAGAGGAGCCCCCUUUAUGAAUUGGGAUGGUUAGCAUAUAUUUGGAUUGAGUUUGUACAUUCUGUAAAUAAAAGGCAUACAUAUAUGGUUAUGUCGUGAAUUUAAACAUUUUUGUAACGCAAGCUUUCAUGUCAUAUUAUGAAAUUAGAAUAGGCACGUGUGAAAUCUCAAUGCUGAAAGACCUGCUUCUUUUCAUAUUUCUGUGUGAAAAUAACGUUCAUAUCUUCAUGGACUUUUUUAAAUGCUCCCAUCAGAAUAUUAAAUCUUCCAUUACAAAUUCACACACCUAUAUAUAUAUAUAUAUAUAUAUAUAUAUAUAUAUAUAUAUAUAAAAUCCAAUACUCAAACUUUGGAGUAUUGGAUUUUAUUCUAUAUAUAUAUAUAUAAUGGAAAAUUAUGUUAAACUUUUUUGGGAAUAACACGAAAAAAUAUUUUCAUACAUUUUAGAGAACCUGAACUCUACUGUUUUGGAGUGGGUGGUGGUAAAAUUUUGUUUUAUUGUGUGAUAAAAAUGUACUGUACAUCUUUAUGUUUAUCAUUUAAACUAAGAUCAUUUACAUACAACGGAAAGUGCUAAGGUUCGAAGGCUUAAAAUGAGAUGGGUAGGUUGAGUGAGAAACCUACAAAGCUAGAUAAUUAAACAGGAGUAUGGCAGGUUGAGUGUAAAACCUGACACCUUCAGUGAAAGCUGAUUGUGAUGUUACAGGGAAUAUCCAAAGAGCUGAUGACAAAGCAAUAUUCAGGGGGAGGGGGGGGGGGGCAAUUUUUGCUGAAAUUAAACAUCAGUUGAGUAUAGAUGCAUGUGUAAGUUUAUUAUUAUUUUUUCCCGAUUUGAUUCUGUGAAAUAGUGUAUUGGUAACAAUAGGUGAUCAAUAUUUUUUCAAAACCUUGACCCAGCCACCAACUCUUGGGGGAAGAAAGGGACCCCACAGUAAGCUUCUCCGAAUACUCCCUGUAACAAAUCAAAUGUGUACUCAUUUAGAAAUAUAAAUGAUAGCAUGCAUUUCUUUGUUUGUGUUGUGAAUUUUGCAUAAUAAAGAAUGGAUUUCACA